AAGACACUGACGGCAACGUCUGUACCGGACACUGGACGCUAGAUCUCGGACGGGACUGUACCGCAGGCACCACCUGUGACAACUGGUCGGCCUUGCCUCACGUAGCCCUGCAAUCUGGUGUCCUUGUGAAGGCAGAUGAGGGGUUAAGGUUUAUGUCUGUCCGAAGGUCGAAUUUCUCGAUGACAAUGUAGUUUUGCCGGUUCGAGCUGCGAGGAUCGAUGGACGAGUUUGUGCUGUAGAUCAAGAGGAGAUCGCGAUUACACUACCGAGGUCGGAUCUAGUGCAGGGAUUUCGAGGGCAUUGUGGAGCUGGUGAUUGGAUUUGCCGCCGAGAGAAGUAAUGGAGGGAGAGCAGACGGAGUUGAAUCUGCAAGUCGCAGCACUUUUGAGACGUGCGUAUUUUGAUUAUGCACCCUCUUUUUGGAGUGUACAGGAAGGUUGAUCAGACAUGCCUUCGACACCGCAGGAUUUUUAUCCUUCUGAGGAGGAUUUGCUCUAUGAGGAAGAGAUUUGAAGAAACCUUACAGCUCAAAGCUAUGGUGGCGCUACCUGCAAGCUCGUCUCUCUGGCCUGCAGAUUUAUGCAAUCCAUCGGAGGAGGAAUCAGGCGUUUCACUGAUGAGGUCGUGCACCUCUGGACAUCGCUCGCUGAUUACUACAUGAGGAGAAGCUUGUUUGAAAAGGAGAGAGAUGUUUUCGAGGAAGAUGUGACUAGUUUUAGUAAUGUGAGAGGUUUCAGCUUGAUCUUUGAUUACAGCUUGAUCAUGGCUAGAUUUAAGGCGUUGGAAGAUGAAGACGAGGAAGGAGCGGACCUAAUGCCACAAGUGAACGGUGCUGAUUGGGAAGAUGAGAAGGCGAAGUCACGAAAAUGAAGGACAUCCAAGGAAAACUGGGAAAAUGAAAAUUUCUCGGACUUCUGGCUGUAUGACGCCAAUGAUAUAGAUUUAUGACUCGCAAGAUUCAACCUCUGGAAAGUGGAACCUAAUUCAAAUGAAAAAUAAAGUUCUCUAUUCCAUCUC